AGCAGGAGGGGUGGGGGGGCGGACCGGACCUCAAACUGGAGGGGGUCGGCGCAGGGGGGGGCGGGGGCAUCCACGGCCUCCCCCAGAUACGAGACAACAAGAAUGCAACCAACAACGGGGAGACCAUGGUGCACGUGCUGAAGGGGAACAUCGGUACGGGUCUGCUGGCUAUGCCCGAGGCCUUCCUCAAUGCCGGGCUGUGGGUGGGCCUGGCCGGCAUACCCAUCCUCGGCAUCAUUUGCAUCCACUGCAUGCACACACUCCUCAAGUGUUCGCGGGAGCUAUGCAAGCGGACGGGUCGGUCGGCGAUGAGCUACGAAGAGACGGCGAAGGUGUCGUUCAGCUCUGGCCCCCCGGCGUGCCAGCGGUGGGCCAACGUUGUGGGCUAUACCAUCACCACCUUCCUCAUCAUCACGCAAAUGGGCUUCUGCUGCGUCUACUUCGUCUUCAUCCCGCAGAACAUCCAGCGGGCCAUUGAGGGCAUGAACGGAGGCGAUGUGGGUAUCAGCAACUUCGCCUUCCUCUCCAUGUUCAUCGUCCCCGUCCUCCUCAUCUGCUACAUCCCAGACCUCAAGUACCUCGCGCCCGUGUCCCUGGUGGCGGCCGUGGUGCAGACAGUGGGGCUAGCCAUCUGCUUCUACUACAUGGUGCGGGAUCUGCCCAGGGUGAGCGAGGAGGUCCCGGGAUGGGCGGGAUGGGCCAAGCUGCCGCUGUACUUCGGGUCCGCGGUCUACGCUUUCGAGGGCAUUGGGCUGGUGCUGCCGCUGGAGAAUAACAUGCGUACCCCUGCAUCCUUCGGGGGUCUGACGGGGGUCCUGAACACGGCUAUGAGCAUCGUGGUCUGCCUGUACGCCGCCGUGGGCUUCUUCGGCUACCUCACCUAUGGAUCCGCGGUGAAGGGAUCCAUCACCUUGAACCUGCCCAACGAGGACGCGCUGGCCCAGACGGUGCAGAUCCUGAUGGCCCUCGCGGUGUACAUGUCCUACCCGCUGCAGAUGUACGUGCCCUACGAGAUCCUGACUCCCUCCGUGCUGCAGAAGUUCGCGCCGCCCGAGACAGCCAGCCGAACCCGCGUGAAGGUGGUUGAGUACACCUUCAGGACUUGCUGUGUGCUGCUCACCUUCGCGCUGGCCGCCGCCAUACCCAACAUCGGUCUCUUCAUCUCCCUGGUGGGCGCCGUGAGCUCGUCCACUCUGGCCCUCAUCUUCCCGCCCAUCAUCGAAGUGGUCACCUUCUGGCCUGACACGGGGCGCUACCACUACAGGGUCAUCAAGGGCUUGCUGAUCGGCGUGUUCGGCUUCAUAGGCUUUCUGACGGGCACCGUGUCCAGCGUGCAAGCCAUCAUCGACUUCUUCGUUAACGGGGAGUAGCGUGGUCAGGUCAGGUCAGGUCAGGUGGAGCAGGUCACGAGUGCAUGGGUUUCAGAGAGAUGAGUCAGGAAUGUGUUGAACAGGUUAUUUUGAGAAAGGGUUAUAGGAGUGUGUUGUGAACGUGGGUUGUGAACAGGUUG